UUAUUUUGACGUAUUGGUACUUCAAUGCGCCGGAAGUUCCCAUGUUCAGUCCUGCCUCUGUUUUUUAAAACAAAAAAAUGUUUAGUUAGUUAGCUGGGUGCUUUAGUGUUACAUUUAACCAGAUUUAACCCAGUUUAGCGGGGCUUCCUGUGGAGAACGCGACUAUGCUGUAUAUAGAUAAUCAUGCUGAGCUGGACAUUCGGGUGAUUGUGCGUUUUGCUGCAUUUACUCGAGGAUUAUCACUGAUUUUACAGGCAGUGCUAAAUGCAGCUAUUUCUGAUCAUGCUGCAGAUGCCUUCAGUCCCCCAAGAUCUGAGGAACCAAAACUCCUUGACAGCAGCAAUGAGAUGCUACUUGGUGGCCUAAGUCACUGGGAUGCAGAACAUUUUCUCUUCAUUGCAGAGCGUGGCUACUUGUAUGAACACAACUUUGCUUUCUUUCCUCUGUUUCCACUGAUCCUGCGUUCAGUAGCAGCUACCUUGCUGUGGCCUCUGAGUGCCUUUCUCACUGUCCGUGGACGUUUACUGCUGGCAGUGGCCCUGGUUAAUAGUGGACUCUUUGUGCUGAGUGCAGUUGCACUAUAUGGUCUUAGCCGUGUGGUUUUAGGGGAUCGAAAGCUUGCUCUGGUCUCAGGCCUUAUAUAUUGUCUCACACCAGCCAAUGUUUUUAUGUUAGCAGGCUAUUCAGAAACCCUCUUUGCAGCUCUCACUUUUGGAGGUCUAUGGUUGUUGGAGAGGGGCUACACAUUUAGAGCAUGUCUCCUCCUAGCUUUAUCUACUGCAACACGUGCUAAUGGACUUGUUAAUGCUGGAUUCCUGUUGUACCAGCUCCUACAGAAGAGUCUUGACCAGGUCCGGGUCCAGAGCAAAGGAUUUUUGUCUCAAAGGAGAUGGUGCCUCUACACCAUGGCAGCUUUAAAGUUCCUGCUUAGGUCAGCACUUUACAUUUCAGUUGUUGCGCUGCCAUUUUGUCUCUUCCAGUUCUAUGGCUACUAUACAUUCUGCAAACCUUCUGUAUCUCAGGACCAGAUAUCUUCAGUGCUCCUUAAAUUGGCCCAAGAGAAAGGCUACAGAGUACCUAAUACAGCAGCACCAGUACCAAGCUGGUGCAUGAAGUCCAUUCCAGUGCUGUACUCUUACAUUCAAGAUGUUUACUGGGAUGUGGGAUUUCUUCGAUAUUUCCAGUUAAAGCAAAUACCCAACUUUCUUCUGGCUCUUCCUAUUGCUACACUGAGUGUCAUGGCACUCUACAUCUAUGUAAAGGCUAAUCCACAUUUUUGUAAAUAUCUUGGUUUGGGAGAAAGUGGACUGAAAGGAAAAGAUGGAAAACCACCAACAGACUUCCACAGCACAAAGGUGUUUGUGUACAUUGCUCAUUGCUCCGUUUUACUUAUAUUUGGCACGUUCUGCAUGCAUGUCCAGGUACUUACCCGUUUUCUAGCUGCCUCUUCCCCUGUGGUCUAUUGGGUCAGUGCCCACUUUCUUCUCUCCAGUGAGCCUUCAUUACGAGAGAAUAAAAGCUUUGAUCAUGGACAGCGACUGGAUACAUUAAAACAAGGCUUUGUUGGAUGUUUCUUAAUGUGCAUGAACAACCCCGUUACACAGCUGUUGAUGCACUGGAGAACUCGCUCUUUGUCCACUCGCUGCAUUCUCGGAUACUUCAUCUCAUACUGGCUGAUUGGUCUGGCUCUGCACUGUAACUUCCUGCCUUGGACUUAAUAUGCAAGUGGAAACAAAGAUGCAUCAAGAGUGUCUUCUCAGGAUCUUACAUUUUUUUUUUAUAAAUUGAAAUUGAAAUGAAAUUGUCUACUUGAAAACAUUCCUCUGUGAAGGAAGUAACUGGAGCAUAUUCUUAUUCUUUAUACAUUUAAAAUCAGUGAAUUAUAAAUUGUUAUAAAUCCCAGUCUAUCUCUUUUUUCUACCUUUACCGUUUUUUUUUUAAUAAACAGAUAUAUAUUUUUUUGAAAUGCUGAUUUAUUUAUUUGUUUUUUUUUUCUUUGUGUGCUAAUAGCCCUUUAACUUUUGUUGUUUUAAAUGUAUGUUUGAUUGUGUGUGUUGUAUGUACAGCAAUGUGACACUGCAAUUUCCUUUGGGAUCAUUAAAGUGCUAUCUUAUCUUA